UUGAGUUGAAAACUACGAGUCUGAAAGUAUGACUAAAAUAUAUCAGAUCAUCUUAGUCACAUUUCUUGGAAUAUGGACAACUUUAGCAUCAUGGGUACCUAAAGUCAAAAUGUAUUAUAUUGAAAAUACAAAAAUUGUUAGCCGAGAGGACGCUAAAGCCAACUGCCAAGAAUUGGGCAUGCAUUUAUUAACAGUUAAAUCAAGGAUUGAAUUUGAUACACUGAAAGAACAUCUUCGAAGCCAAUAUGCGGAAAUGUAUCCAUAUUGGAUUGGCGCUUACAAAAGAAAUGAAACUUGGAUUUGGGAUGAAUAUGAAGAAGUCAUUGAACCAUCUAAGCAGUUUUGGCACACAGGUGAGCCGAACAGUGCUUUCCCAAAGGAAAUUUGUGCCCAUACAGUGUAUGGAGAAUUUGGUUGGAAUGACAACCACUGUGAGGGACCUCAACGCUAUAUAUGUGAGUUACAAUUGGAUACUCCCUCAUCCGUGGUUUCGUUUCUGCCCACCACUCCUAGAGUACAAGCUUCGUAUUAAUUAAUGAUUUUUUUUUACUGGAAAUAAAAAAAUGCCUAAACAUA